UGCCAUGCUAGAAAUGAACGGCAGAGCCUCACACUGGGCGUGGUCUGCCACUGAACCCCAUUCCCUCCCCAGUUUCACUUUCUGAGGGUUCCUAUCUGGAGGGAAUUGGUUCAUAAGCCCAUAUAGCCCCUCUCCCUGAAGUUUAAGUGCUCAGUGUGGGGCGAGGGCCUGAUAUGUCUCCAGCUCUCUCUCCUUCCUUCUACGAUUCAUCCACUUCAGCCAUGCAAUUUCACUCAACUCAGCUCUGUAGGACCGCAGGGAAGUGACUUGCCUGAGCUAGGACUGGACAGUCAAGUCGGUCAGAUUCGGUGGUGCUUCCCUCCAUCGGGUAAAUGACUUGAGAGGUUCGCUGUGCUGUUCUUCUUCAGCUUUGUCCGAGCACCCUAGUGCUGCACCCACAGACACUCGAGCCACGGGUGGGGUCCACACAGAGUUUUGCAUGGGUGGGUCUCUGCCAAGGCAUAGCUGCUGUGCUUCCCCACUGAGGUUUUCUGGCGUCCAUUUCCAGCCCCUGGCUCUGACUUCCACCUCUGGUGGCUAAGGAGACUUGGAUGGAUUGAGUAGGCCUCUUCAAAGAUUUCUCAACCUCAGUUACUUAACUUGAAAAGCCGUGUGGUCUGGUGCACGUUUCCAGCCCUGAGCAACUGCUCUGCCACCUCACCCGCAGGAGCAGUAGUGCCGAGGCUCGGGUGCUCUCCCCCUCCCUCUCCUCCCUAGCUCUAGGAGAGCUCACAGGGGCUCGUGGGUACAGCCCCACGGCUUUGCUUUUCGGGCUCUGCCCCCGUGGAGCUCCGGCUGCUUACCAGACCUUGGGUUGUCACAGAGUGGGAUAGCCAUGCCUCCCAUUUCCAGACGAGCACCCUGAGGGAGACUCCUGGAAAUGAGGUUCGCCCCCGAACUCUUGCUGUCCACUGCACCGCAUCCAUUUUUCUCAGCCACCCUCUGGGAGAGCUGGCUUCGGAUUAAGAAACAGAGCUGGAGUGGGUGCCUGCAGCCUGAGGAGGCAAAUGUGGCAGUGCUAACUCAAACGUCUAGUUUCGUCCUUGCCCUACUACUGCCUUGCCCUCCGCCCCACUCACGCCCUUAACCCCUUCACGCAGCAAAACGACCAACCGUUCAGGCCUUGGCACCCUUAAACUGGACUAGCAAACGGGAGCUCGCCCCAUCCUGCGCAGGGGGAGGCCCGAAGCUUCCCGGCGCACGGCACCUGACCAGAUUCCGGGGUGCUCAGGGUCCCCAAUUCUCUUACAACUCGCGGGCUUCGGAGGAUCGAGCUGGGAUUGGAGGGCCAGGAGGCGGACGCCGCGGGCAUGGACUAUUCGUACGACGAGGACUUGGACGAACUGUGUCCGGUGUGUGGUGACAAGGUGUCGGGCUACCACUACGGGCUGCUCACGUGCGAGAGCUGCAAGGGCUUCUUCAAGCGCACAGUCCAGAACAACAAGCAUUACACGUGCACCGAGAGUCAGAGCUGCAAAAUCGACAAGACGCAGCGUAAGCGCUGUCCCUUCUGCCGCUUCCAGAAGUGCCUGACGGUGGGCAUGCGCCUGGAAGCUGUGCGUGCUGAUCGAAUGCGGGGUGGCCGGAACAAAUUUGGGCCCAUGUACAAGAGAGACCGGGCUUUGAAGCAGCAGAAGAAAGCACAGAUUCGGGCCAAUGGCUUCAAGCUGGAGACUGGACCACCGAUGGGGGUGCCCCCGCCACCUCCUCCCCCACCGGACUACAUGUUACCCCCUAGCCUGCAUGCACCGGAGCCCAAGGCCCUAGUCUCUGGCCCACCCAGUGGACCGCUGGGUGAUUUUGGAGCCCCAUCUCUGCCCAUGGCCAUGCCUGGUCCCCAUGGGCCUCUGGCUGGCUACCUCUAUCCUGCCUUCUCUAACCGCACCAUCAAGUCUGAGUAUCCAGAGCCCUAUGCCAGCCCCCCUCAACAGCCAGGGCCACCCUACAGCUAUCCAGAGCCCUUCUCAGGAGGGCCCAAUGUACCAGAGCUCAUAUUGCAGCUGCUGCAACUAGAGCCAGAGGAGGACCAGGUGCGCGCUCGCAUCGUGGGCUGUCUGCAGGAGCCAGCCAAAAGCCGCUCUGACCAGCCAGCGCCCUUCAGCCUCCUCUGCAGGAUGGCCGACCAGACCUUUAUCUCCAUUGUCGACUGGGCACGGAGGUGCAUGGUAUUUAAGGAGCUGGAGGUGGCUGACCAGAUGACACUGCUGCAGAACUGCUGGAGCGAGCUGCUGGUGUUAGACCACAUCUACCGCCAGGUCCAGUACGGCAAAGAAGACAGCAUCCUGCUGGUUACUGGACAGGAGGUGGAACUGAGCACGGUGGCUGUGCAGGCUGGCUCCCUGUUGCACAGCCUGGUGCUUCGGGCACAGGAGUUAGUGCUACAGCUGCAUGCUCUGCAGCUGGACCGCCAGGAGUUCGUCUGUCUCAAGUUCCUCAUCCUCUUCAGCCUCGAUGUGAAAUUCCUGAACAACCACAGCCUGGUAAAGGACGCCCAGGAGAAGGCCAACGCCGCCCUGCUGGAUUACACCUUGUGUCACUACCCACACUGCGGAGACAAAUUCCAGCAGUUGCUAUUGUGCCUGGUGGAGGUGCGGGCCCUGAGCAUGCAGGCCAAGGAGUACCUGUACCAUAAGCAUCUGGGCAACGAGAUGCCCCGCAACAACCUUCUCAUUGAGAUGUUGCAGGCUAAGCAGACGUGAGCCUGGGAGCCAGGCAGUGGGCAGUAGGCAGGGAUGCCACUGCCUCCAAAAGACUCCUUGCGUUAGGUGACCCAGGAGCCUUGUCCUUAAGCCUCUGCCCCUGAGCUCCAUAGCUGUGUGUUUGGGAUGACGGGCAAGGAUGGGCAGGAACUGGCCGGGGCAGGUUGCCUUCACUAGCCAUUGGCAUGUGUCUGCCACUUGGAGUGCCCCAAAGGGGUGACUUCUAACACUCCUUCCUCCAUCUGCCCCCAGCUUUUUUUUUUUUCCUGGUAUCUGAGGUCCCAGGAGGAGGCUCGGGAUUUCCUGGUGGGCCUGGAUGUCCCUUGGGUCAGAGGUCAUCCUUUCCCUCUCUCCUGUAAUCAGAGGCAGAGGAAGGUCUGCAGGCAUCGAUGAGGGCAGAGGAGGGGGGUCUCCAGAAUCCCCUGAAGCAGGGAAGGAAGUCUGCUGUUGUAAACUGAGUUUGCUAAAUUGGGUCCCUAGAGGACAGACACCAUGAGAGUGGGUAGGGCAAAAAGACCCCCUCCAGCCCUCCACCUGUCUAAUUCUGAUCCACUAUCUGUAAAAGGACUUAGUUGUGAUCGUCCUUCUCCCAGGUCCCAGCUACCCAGGGAGGAGGAGUCUGGUGUAGUCAACAUUCCUGCUCUAGCCCUGCCCACCACCAGCUGGCUGGGCUGGUACUUAUCUGCAAGGUUGCAGUCACCAGGAUUCUUUCGCUUUCAUCUAGAUAGUCCUUGGAAAGUGUGUGAGAGAGAAGUGGGCAGGAGACAGACUGAGGACUGAGCUGGGGUAUGGGGAUUAGCACCAACGCUUUCUCCUGACAUCUCCUUCCAAGAGUCAGGGUGGCAUCUGGUCAUCUUCAUGUACCCCACCUCACUCCUGAGAAGAGCUGUCACUUGCCCUCUGCCCCAGCUCCACUAAGGGAGCAACAGGAGGCCUGCAGGAGCUCAGAGUCCUUGCAGGUGGGGAUAUGGGUGAACCUAGGAGAACUCACGGAUCUUUAUAUGAGCACAGUGCUGAGGACUCUCUCUCAUGGCUCCAUCCUUUUGGGUCCCUUGCCACACCCCUUGAAACUGGCCUCAGUUCCCUGGCUUCUGCUUUGCCUCCUGAAAGUCACUCUGCAGGGCCAAGCAGUGGGGGGAGAGACCUAAGCCAUCCUCUGUUUCAGACUGGGCAUCCACUGUCUUUCCUGCUUUCAUGUCCGAUUUACAGCUUAUGCUAGGCCUGCCCAACUGGACAAGGCUGUCUCCUGUCUUCUACUACCCUGGCUCAGACCCCACCUCUGCCCCUGAAAUGCGUGCUCUCACCAAGGCCAGAGACCCACAGCCCCAAGACAAGAAGUGCCCUUAUAAACCCCUGCAGCCCUGCAGCCCUGAAAUAAAUUUUGCAGUUAGUUUCCAGUA